AUGGGGAUAACUAUUGAGGACUCUGGAUUUAGUAGCUCUUUGCCCUCAAACACAGAUGAUGCCCACGAGCAGAGGAGCAGUACCCAGAUUUUACCCAGCUCUCGGAUGGCUAAUGGGUACAUUCUACCUGCGGGUAGAGUGACUCGCAAUGCCCUGUUUGUGGGUGGCAUGGAUAUGAAGGUGGAUGAAAAUGACAUACAGGACUUGUUUGCACGAUUUGGUUCUAUCAAGGAAGUAAAACUUAUCAGAUACGCUGGAGGGAUCUGCAAAGGGUAUGGGUUUGUGUACUUCAAUGAAGAUGUCAACAUUCAGUCAGUUGUUGAGCAACAGAUCAGUUUAAGGGGCCAGAAACUCAGGUUAGGCCCCGCCAUAAUGAAAGCAAGGAGGCCUAGGCCAGCCCACCUGGUUGGCUCAGCUCCCUGGAUGAGCUCUGCUCAGUACUUUGACUGCUCUUGCCGUUCACCUAUGGGAGGGGGUAUGGCACAACCUUCACCUGUGCUCAGCGGAGGUAGCCCUUACAAUCAGCCCUAUCCAUAUUCUACUUUUGGAGGGAGCAUGUUCCCACAGAUGCCGAUGAACUAUGCCCAUAAUGCCUAUGCCUACCUGUACACCCCACCUUACUGGACAGCGGACCAGAGGACAUGGCAUAUCAAUCAGAGCUGUGUGGACUGUGGAGUCCAGACGAUGAAUAUAGAGGCUAGAGUUUGCCACAGCUCCGACAGGAUGAUACAGAUGUUCUGGAUGGAUGGAAACAACUAA